UGGACUGUCUUUCAAGAUGGCCGUCGCGAAGGUUCGAAGCGUGUCACUGGUGGUCUGGGCGCUGAUAGCCAGCCUGGUGACAGCCCAGAUCACAUUCAGCCGCGACUGGACGGGUGGUAAACGCGCCCCGGCCCCACUCGACUGUGCACAGUUCACGCGGCUAUGCCGGCAGUUCGUACACGACCUGAAGACGUCGAUGGCCGUCUCCGGCUUAGAGAAGCACCGACGACCUGACUCCGACGACCCCAACUACGACGAAGAUAAAUAGACCACCGCUGCAGUCAGAAGCUGAAGUCAUUGAGCGAUAUAUAGAGACAUACACAC